AUGCAGGACAUCGAAGGGAAUGAUGUGAGUUUGAGUCAGUUCACUGGGAAGGUGCUUCUUAUUGUGAAUGUAGCUUCCAAGUGUGGUCUAACACAUGGAAACUACAAAGAGUUGAACAUUUUGUAUGCCAAGUACAAAGCUAAGGGAUUUGAGAUCUUGGCGUUUCCCUGCAACCAAUUUGGCAGUCAAGAGCCAGGUACCGACGCGGAGAUUAAGGAAACCGUUUGCACAACGUUUAAAGCAGAAUUCCCCGUCUUUGGCAAGAUUGAAGUGAAUGGGAAUAAUGCUGCUCCCCUUUACAAGUUCUUAAAAGAACAAAAAGGCGGAUUGUUCGGGGAUUCUAUCAAGUGGAAUUUCGCAAAGUUUCUGGUAGACAAACAAGGAAAUGUCGUGGAUCGAUACGCUCCAACUACAUCACCUCUCGAAAUCGAGAAAGAUAUAGAAAAGCUACUGGCAUCUGCUUGA